AUGACGAGGGCUGUAGAGGCCCCCAGAGUGAUAUUUUUAUCGACUGUCUCAUCCAUCAUACUCCUACAGCUACAGCAGCAUGAGACCCUGGGUUGUUGUCACAUCAUGACCCAGCUGGCAUACACAGGAGAGGAGAGAAGCGCUAACAGGCAGACUCCCGGCUGCAGAGAGGCUCACACGCUGAAGCCAAAAGUCAUGUUGGAGUGGGUUGAGAUCAUCGAGCCUCGCACGCGGGAGCGCAUGUACGCCAACCUCCUCACCGGAGAGUGUGUGUGGGACCCCCCUCAGGGGGUGCGUAUCAAGAGGACAGGGGACAACCAGUGGUGGGAGCUGUUUGACCCCAACACCUCCCGCUUCUACUACUACAACGCUUCCACGCAACGCACCGUCUGGCACCGCCCGCAGGCCUGUGACAUCAUCCCCCUCGCCAAGCUACAGACGCUGAAGCAGCACACGGACGUGCCCUGCCCGGGAGGGACGGGGGGGGACAAAGGAGGGAGGACGUCAGCGGAUAACAGUCCAGGGAGGAGCAGUGCCGUCAGUAGAGAGGGGAGCACCUCGUCUUCACUGGACCAGGACCUGACCACAUCGGAGAAACAGGGGAACAGAGAGGAGGCAGAGAGGACCUCUCCGUUCAGGUGGAACACAGGUACUAAGGAGAGGAUGCUGAUCAAGGUGACAGACAGAGAACCCAGCUUCCUCUCUCACCAGGGGAAUGGUUACUCCCCCUGCGACCCCCCCACCCUCCCCCCAGUCCCUGCACCCGGCACUGGCACAGCCUCCCGUACCCGCAGAUCCUCUGGAGGCUCCGCCCCCCCUGAUGGUGCCCCUGACGGCUCUCCCAUCCUCUAUGUUGACCGCCACCAGUCGCCCUUCCUAAAACGGGCGGAGCUAGGGGGCGGAGGAGCAGGGACCCACCGGCGCUCGUCGGCUGACUCACAACCUUCUUCACCCCGCUAUGCCUAUGAACCCCCCCUUUACGAGGAGCCCCCCUCGGAGUACCAGCCCCCGCCCAUCUACGAGGAACCUCCCACAGAUGUGAUGCGCCACCUGGGCUCUGACUCCUCCUCCUUGCUGUAUGGCACAGGGAAGUCCCCCACCCGGGGAAAUCCCUCCUCGGGGACGCCCCUCUACCUCUCGCCCAAACAGAGCCACUCCCCCUACGGUCAGCUGGUGCUGACCAGACAGAAGUGCCCAGAGAAGACACAGAGUCUGGAGUACAGCCCUGCAGGGAAGGAGUACGUCAAACAGCUGGUCUAUGUGGAACAGUCCUCCUCCAGCCCGCGCUUUAAGACGUCCGACCGCCUCCUUCGCUAUGGGACCUCCACGGCCACCCCUUCCUCCACGGGGGGUUAUGGGGGCUCCUACGGGGGAUCCUACACCCUCCAACACAGCCAGAGUCUGAUCCGGGACCCCCGGCUGCUGCUGGACUACGGGGGUGGGGAGGGGAGCGAAGGCGGGGGCCAGAGGCUGCUCUACGAGGACUCCAUGUCCUGGAGCUCCAGUCAGCACCACUCCCUCUCCCUCUCCGGGUCUACAGGAGGAGGGGGCUUCUCGCCCGGUGGCAACCGCAAACGCAAGACCCGGAAGCCCUCCCUGCCUCAGGAGCUGGGGAGUUGUGGAGGGGGUGGUGGGGUGGAGCGGGAGGAAGGGCCAAUGUCGGGGACCCUGUCGGAGGCGGUGAUGAACCAGGCCAGGCUGGCGUGGGAGGCCCAGCAGGUGAUGAAGCAGAGGAGCAGUUGGGACUCAGCCCCGGGAGGAGGGGGAUCGGCUGGUGGCUGUGCCCAGGGAGGUGUGUCUAAAGACGGGUACGAGAGCGACGGUGCGGUGCCCCUCCCCCUGCCAGGCCCGGUGGUGAGGGCGUUUAGUGAGGACGAGGCGUUGGCACAGAGCGACGGGCACCACGGGCAUUACCACUGGAAACGCAGCACCUUCGACAGACUGGGCUUCCCUCGGGCACUACUGGAGAAGAGCCUGUCUGUACAGACCAACCUGGCCUCGCCUGAGCCCUUCUUACACCCCUCACAGUCGGAGGAUCUUGGAGCCUGUGCUCAGUUCGAGGCAAGUCGUAAUGCUCGGAACAUGAUGCCCAGCUCAAGCUGUGGAGUUUUCCCAGAAUUCACCCUGCGGAAGCCGUCCUCGGAGACCGACAUCGAGAACUGGGCCUCCAAACACUUCAACAAACACACACAGGGUCUGUUCCGGCGCAAGGUUUCCAUAGCCAACAUGCUGGCAUGGAGCAGUGAGCCAAUCAGGAAGCCCAUGAUCGUGACUUCAGACCGUGCGGUGAAGCGGGAGGCGGUGGAGAUCUUUAAACUAAUCCAGACCUACAUGGGAGACCGCCGAGCCAAGACUGACCCACUCACUGUCGCCCUGGAGGUGGCAGUGCGUGGUUGGAGCAGUCAGGGUCUUCGUGAUGAGCUCUACAUCCAGCUCUGUCGUCAGACCACAGAGAACUUCCGCUACGAUAGUCUGGAGAGGGGCUGGGAGCUCAUGGCUGUGUGUCUGGCCUUCUUCCCCCCAACUCCACGCUUCCACUCCUACUUGGAGGGAUACAUCUACAGACACAUGGACCCCCUCAACGAUACUAAAGGAGUGGCGAUAAGCGGCUAUGCCAAAUACUGUUACCGUAAACUACAGAAGGCUGCUCUGACCGGAGCUAAGAAGGGGUUGCAGAAGCCGUGUCUGGAGGAGAUCAAACAUGCCAGGAACGCCAUAUUCAGCCCCUCCAUGUUUGGCUCCUCCCUGGAUGAUGUGAUGUCACUGCAGAAGGAGCGUUACCCCGACAGCCAGCUGCCCUGGGUCCAGACACGCCUCUCAGAGGAGGUUCUGGGGCUCAACGGAGACCAGACAGAGGGCAUCUUCAGGGUUCCAGGUGACAUAGAUGAGGUCAACGCCCUCAAGCUGCAGGUGGACCAAUGGAAGAUCCCCACGGAUCUGGAGGACCCUCACAUCCCAGCAUCUCUGUUGAAGUUUUGGUACAGGGAGUUGGAGGAGCCGUUGAUUCCGCAUGAGUUCUAUGAGGAGUGUAUCACUCACUAUGAUGACCCUGAGGCUGCAGUCAACGUUGUCAUGGCCCUGCCUCACAUCAACAAACUGGUGCUCUGCUACCUCAUACGUUUUCUACAGGUGUUUGGCCAGCCUACCAACGUGGUGAUAACUAAGAUGGAUGUGAACAACCUGGCCAUGGUGAUGGCUCCCAACUGCCUGCGCUGCCAGUCAGACGACCCACGCAUCAUCUUUGAGAACACGCGUAAAGAGAUGUCCUUCAUCCGCGUGCUCAUCCAGCGCCUCGACACCAGCUUUAUGGAUGGCCUGCUAUAGCCCCCCAACUUCAACUGUGCCCCAAAACUACCAUACGACACGGAGCGCCUCUCUCCCUGCUAUAGCCCCCCACUUUUCAACUACACUACCCUGAAAAAAAACCACACGGGUUGCCCCCCAAUUUUAAAUGUGCCCAUAAAUCCACCAAGGCUCCACCUUCCCCACAGACCCUGUUCUAGCCCCCCAACAUCAAUUGGGAUGACCAGUUGGGAUACCUCCCAACUCCAACUUCCCCCCCAUAUACCCUGCUAUAGCCCCCAAACUACAACUACUGACCCCAAAACCAUCCAUUCACACAGGACGGGAUGAUCCCCGAAGGAGCCCCAACCCAGCCUGACCCGGACCCCUGACCUCUAACCUCUACCCCCACCCUACACACAGGGACUUGCAUCUCACACACACUGAUGUACAGGGUUACACAUACUCACAUAGACAUACUGUCACAUGUACAUUUACUGACGUGUACACACACUCACUUGUAUAGUACACAUCCAUACACACAAUUUCUGAAAUCAGGGUGUUGGACCACAAAUCAGCUCCGAACCCAGAGCUGCAGUCAAACUGCCAUCAAAGGUGGAUAAAUGAAGAUGUCCCACUCAGGCUGUUUACCAUUGAUAAAAAUGGUCACAGUUCCGGCCUGCUUAAGGGAUGACUCUUUCAUAGGUACAAAUGCAUUAGCAGCUGAGUCUGGUCUGUUUAGUUCAUUGACUAAAUGAACCAGAAAAAAGGAGGACGUGAGAUGUCUUGCUUCCUCUCCUGUCUCUGCUGCCAUGAAGCCUGUCAGUCCAUCUGCACUGUUGUCACCAACCAACUGAUGUCAAUAAAGUUCUUUAUUUAGAUUUUUGGGGACGGUGGGGGGGGGGGGAGAAUCCAGGUCAGGUGCUAGACGGGAUCAUCGCAGCACUGCCAAUCAACCGUGACUGUUGCAACCAGAAGUGAUAGACAACCCUACAGCCCUUAUCGCCCAUCCGCCUGGUACAUAGGCCCUCCUGCCCCACUCACCCCUCUGACCACCCAGACAACCACACAACCUCUACCCCUAGAGCCCCUCACCAUCUACCCCCACAACACAUCCUCAAGAUGGUGCACACCUCUAUACUCUCAUACUGAUAUGAUUUCCGAAUGUCUAAAUUGAGAUCUGUCCACCUCUGUCUGUCUGUUUCUCUCGGUCAGAAAAACUGGACCUGUCUUUUGGACCUGUAAAGUUUUCUUUAGUUGCUGAUUUGACUGGGUAUGGAUUAAAAAUAUAUAUUAUUCAUUGAUUUGUUGUAUUUAACAGAGUUAAGUUUUUUGCCCACGAUUUUAUAUAAUUUAAUUUAUUUGUAUUUAUUUCAGCAAUAUUUCCUAAUGCCUUCUUAUUAGACAAUAUACUUUAGGAUUCACGUUGUCUGUCUGUGUGUCCCACAUUGCACCCUAUUCCCUUUAUAGUGCACUAGUUUUUGUCAAAAGUAGUGCACUAUAUAGGGAAUAGGGUGCCCUUUUGGGAUGCACAUCGUCUUUAUGUUUGAGAGAUUGAGUGUGGACAUGUAGGCAUGUAUGUGCUUGUGUCUGUGUUUUCAAUACAAUAGGGCAUAUACAUCACAUGUUCAUCUGCUCUCUGAAGGGUACAGUUGGUGUGUCUCUCUGUGUGUCUGAGAGUUAAGUCCUGCUGUUUUUUUUGUUCUGUUCAAUCUGUGUUUACACACGUGCACAACCUAAUUAAGUCCACAUUCUCGCAGAAGGACUCUCGUACUCUAACAUUCACGGAAGCCCUCACGCACUCAGAUGUUGCGUAUCUGUAGAUGGAUCUUUUCUGCGUUAAAUAGCGGUCAAGCAACAUGUUGAAGAGAUAAAGUGGAUGCGUGGUGAGGAAGAACGGGAGGGGAGAAAGGGGUGUAUGUCACUAAGUGGGGCGGCAGGGUAGCCUAGUGGUUAGAGCGUUGGACUAGUAACCGAAAGGUUUCAAGUUCAAAUCCCCGACAAGGUAAAAAUCUGUCGUUCUGCCCCUGAACAAGGCAGUUAACCCACUGUUCCUAGGCCGUAAGUGAAAAUAAGAAUUUGUUCUUAACUGACUUGCCUAGUUAAAUAAAGAUAAUAAUAAAAAAUGUACAGUACCAGUCAAAAGUCUGGACAGACCUACAAGGGUUUUUCUUGAAUGAGUAUGUGCAUCCCAAAACAUACCCUAUUUCUUAUAUAGUGCACUACUUUUGACAGAGCCCUGGUGGGACCUCGUCAAAAGUAGUGCAUUAUAUAGGGAAUAGGGUGCCCUUUGGUAGGUACACAAAGUGUGUGUGUGUCCUUUAAAUCAAUGACAUCAAGCAUUACAACACCUGGUUACCAAGUAGGCCUACCUUGGUUGCACAAGGACUGGGUGCAUUCUAUCAGGGUGGAACUGUAGUGAGACCUGGACCAUUUCUAAUCAAACAAAGCUUGGCGUCAUCUGACACAGGAACAGGAUACAUGUUCUUUGAUACCGAAUACAUACAGGAUACAUGAUGUUUGACCACUUUUGAAUGAGCAAAUAGUUUUGAUGAUCAUGACAGAGACCUGAUCUAGUCCAAAAGUAUAAGAUAGCUAGCUGCUCGUUGUGACUCGCCCUGCAUCAGAGAGCUCAUUGAACAGGAGAGAACGACAGAGCAAUAACCUACACCCUCUGGAUCAGUAACCAGGUUUCUAUCCAACCUUUUUAAGUGAGUGAAGUAUAUGUCAGAUAAAACAUUUCACGACAGUCGUGAUGGAAACCGCAAAUAACCAUCAUAUCGAAGCAAACUUCGAGUCACGUGAUGAUAUGUUUGGUCGUCUUCCCACUAUAAUACUGCAGUGAUUGAUGCUCCUUUCCAAUAAAUAUUGAGGGUCUUAAUCCAGAGAAAUUAUGGUCGAUACUUGGCUGCCUUUUGACAUAUUAAAAUAAUCUCGCUCUUUUGUCCAUUAUAAUGUCAUCAUAUAGGCUAUCCUACGU